AUGGAAAAAGAACAGAGCAUUCGUGGAUGGUGGUGCAUAGGCGGUAAUGAGGUGAAUGGGGAUGAUUUCUCCGGCUAUGGGUGGUGGGUGGUUGUGGUAGUUGGAGGUGGUGGAUGUCGGUGGUGGGUGGCUGUGGUAGUUGGAGGUGGUGGGCGGUGGUGGUGGGUGCCUGCAGUGGGUGGCGCCGGUGGGAAGGAAGUGGAGAUAUUAUGGAAAGAGAAAGUGAUAGACGGUCCUGAUGGAUGGAUGGAGUUGUUUGAAAUGGAUGUUCUGUCUGGAUGGGGUAAUACCCUGUUCGACCUGAUCUUGGCUGCUAAUUACCUGGACAUCAAGAGUCUGCUGGACUUAACCUGCCAAACCGUGGCCGAUAUGAUCAAAGGAAAAACCCCGGAGGACAUCAGGAAGAUCUUCCAUAUCAAGAACGACUUCACCGAGAAAGAGGAGGCGGAGAUUAGGAAGGAGAACCAAUGGGCCUUUGAAUGA